AUGUCUAAGAUUCCUAGAAAUUUUAAAUUAUUAGAAGAAUUAGAAAAAGGUGAAAAAGGAUUGGGUGCUGAAUCCAUUUCGUAUGGAUUAACAAAUCAAGAUGACAUAACCAUGACUUAUUGGAACGGAACGAUCUUGGGCCCUCCCCAUUCAACUCAUGAAAACAGAAUUUAUUCGUUAACCAUAGUUUGCGACCAAAGCUAUCCGGAAAAACCUCCAAAAGUACAAUUCAUUUCAAAGAUCAACUUGCCUUGCAUCGAUGAACAGGGAAGAGUGAUGGAUUCGGUAUUCGACAUUUUGAAGAAUUGGAAAAGAUCGUAUUCUAUGGAAACUGUUCUAUUAGAAUUAAGAAAAAGUAUGGCUGCCCCAGCCAAUAAGAAAUUAGCGCAACCUACAGAGGGAACCACCUAUUAA